AAUGCCUACAACAUUUGAUGAGAAGUGGAAGCCUCUGUUUGAGAAGUUUGAUGUAAAUGGAGACGGUAAAAUUAGCAUGGAGGCUUUUCAAGUUAUUCUUUACAAGUAUGGACUAAAAGAAUCCAUUGACCCACACAAACUGUCUGUCUUGGAGUCUACUAUAGAAGAAAAUAUUGGAGGCUACAUUGGCUACCAUGAAUUUUUGAAUAUUAUGAAUGAAAAACGUUCAUUAAGUUUUUCAUUAGCAGUACGUACAAGAUUGAACGAUUGCGUAUCUGGGCACCUCUAUCAAUUCACGACAGAAAGUCACAUGACCCGUUGGCAGUAUUGUCUAAAGUUAAUUGGGAAUGAAUUUUUAACCAAUGAUAACGAUCGAGCCAAUUUUACAAGCAAUUUCAGGUGGUGUUUGCCACCUGUUUUAAUUAUAUGUAUGUGCUUAAUUGAGAUUGGUUUCUAUGUGUAUAGUUGUGUGUUAGUGAAACAAGACUUUAACUUGAUGGUUGGACCAGUCCCAAAAGAGAGUAUCUUAAUUUUUAACCCUUCAAAAAAAAUUCAACUUUGGAGAUUUUUUACAUACUUUGUCUUCCAUGCUGGUCUAGAACAUUUGAUCUUCAGUCUUGUGUUUCAACUUCUCAUUGGACUUCCAUUGGAACUUGUCCAUGGAACUAGGAGAAUUGCAACUAUUUUGUUCUUUGGAAUUUUAGCAGGCUCUAUGGGUUCAUCCGUACUUGACCCCAUGAGUUAUGCAUGUGGUGUAUCUGCCGGUGUGUAUGCUUUGAUGGCGGGCCAUCUAGCUAACAGACUGACUCAUUAUUCUAGAAUUCGUGAAGGUGCAAUAAAAUUAGGAAUUAUCAUUAUAUUUGCAAGUGCAGACUUUGGUGUUGCUGUUUGGCGGCGAUUUUCGAAUGAUGCGUUGCCAAUAUCAUUCGUUCCGCAUUUGAUGGGAGUGGUUAUGGGUCUGACGUUUGGUUUACUAAUUUUAAGAAACUAUGAUCAAAAACUGCACGAGCGGUUUACAAUGUGGAUAGCAAUGAUGCUAUGGUGUUUGAGUAUGUUGUUUGUUGUAUUAUGGAAUGUGUUUUUUAAACUGAAGUCCAAUGAUGAUGCUAAUGCAACAGAAGAACCAGGAGGCUGAGAAAAGUAUUUAGAGAUCGAACAUGAUUCAGGUUGUUAAAUGUGAGUUAAGACAACUCGGUAUGAGUAAAUGUUGCAAUGCAUUUUGCAAUUGUUUAGAAUUAAUAACAUUUUGGUUUCUUGAAGUAUUGUUCUGGUUAAGGUUUAUGUGUACAUCAAAAUUAUUUUGAACAAUUUGAUUGUUCUGAUUCAAAAAUGCUAAGAGACAAACUCCAUCUGUCUUGCAGUAAUGCUAAGAAUUAUAUGUUAAUACACCUAGACUGAUUUCUGAUAUCUAUCUCCUGUAUAUGUGGAGGUAUAAAAUGUAUACCUCAAUGGUAAAAGUUCUAGAGGCAUUUGAAAGUGGGCAGAUACAUUUUUAAUAAAAAUUGCUCUCUGCCAAGCAGCAUCUCAACAACUUUGACCUAUAAAAUGAUGCAAUUAUCCACACCCUUAUUUUCAAGUGGUAAUGCUAUCAACAAUGAGUCAAGUGCGAAACAAUGGACCUUUGUUGUUUUCAAAAGUGUCAUCUGAUGUAACUUGAAAAUGGGUUGGGUUUUUUGGUAAAAUAAAAGACAUUCUGGGUUUAAUCAACACCAUCUGACUUGGAAUACACAUAGCUUGGUUGUUUUGGGUAAAAUAUAAUAGGGGUUUGCCAAUUUAAAAAAGGGGCCAAAGUAGGUCAGUAAAAAUGUUUGUGGUCCACUAGACUUUUAUGACUCCCAUUAUUUUUCUUGUCUUACAUCAGUGUGAUGAACAUUUGCUAAUAAUUAGGAUAACUUAUCAAUAAUAAAAUAGCCUUGAUUCUCAAAUUGAAAAUAGAAUUUCUCAAGUUUGCAGGUAAAAAUUUAUUUAACAUAAAAUAAAUUAUUCAUCACAAAAACAGUAAGAGAUUAUUUUGAUUAAAUCAUUGUAUUUACCGUAGGAUGCGAGAAUAAUAAAAAUGCGAAACACAGUAGAAUAUAAAAA